AUUUCUGUAGGGCUUUUACAGAUGUAACUCUAAAUUAGUUUACUAAUUACGUUUUUUAUCCCUCACACUUCAAACUCGAUUAUUUAUAAUAAAAAUAGUCUGGAUUAAUUUUUUUGUAGCAGUUUCAUGUUAACUAUUAGGUAAAGGAUACCGAAUGGUAAUGGUAUAAUUAAACUUAUAAUAAUUUAGGCUUGUGUACAUUUGUAUUUUUGUACUCAAACUGAUAAAACAUGUAUUGAAAGAAUAAAUAAGUACCUAUAGUGGUCAGUUUAGUAGGUUAAAUUUAAAAUAACCGACUAAGAAUCGGGUAUCUCAGUUUUUUUCUAAAUUUUGGUGGAGAUACUUUAAUUCCUGAUCGUCUCUAUAUCGAAGAAUAAGGAAAGAUUAUGUCUGGAAUAACAGGAUUAGAAGUUUUAUUCUCUGCAAUUAAAAAUGACUUGAAAUCAAAAGAGGAUUGUGCUGUUGCUGCAAUACAUUGGCUUCUUAUUAGAUCUGAUCUAUUGUGUGUGGGUGUUGGAGAACUGUUCUCUGAUAAUGAUGUUGACAAAGUUACUGAACUUCUCCCUGACAAUUGGAAUGAAAGUCAAGAUGCGUAUUGUUUGCGCUAUUGCUGUAAAGAUUUAAAAAAUCGCUAUCUACUUAAGAUUGUCAAAACAGGAUGUAAUUUGCAUGUUGAUUUUGCUAUGAAUGAAGAUACGGUAACUGCUACAACUAUUGCUACCAAUGAUUUUGUUUCUGAUGAUUUUAAUAACUUUUCCCAGACUUACAAGAAACUGAAUGAGUUAAAGAGCCAAGUUAAAAAAGAUAUUCUGAAAAACAUUGUGGAUGCUAAGAAAAAAUCAAGUGCUUCAUCUGAUAAAGAAACGAAAAAGAAGGCUUCUCCAAAGAAUGAACCAAAUCAAGAAUCACCUCAGGCCAGAAUUCCUGAAAAUCGACCUAUUCCCGUUGGUAUUCCUGAUUCAAGACACCCUAUGCCUUUUGCAUAUCCACAAAUUGGAGCUAGUGAUCUAGAUCCCUUGGGCAGAGGUGUUGGAGGUAUGUUGUUUGAUCCAUUUGGUCCUGGUGCACCAGCCAGGCCAGGAUUUGGUGGAUCUCGAGGUGGGAGAUUUGGAAGUGGCAAUACAGGACUUCCCCCAGGAGCUGUACCCCCUGGUGCAAGGUUUGAUCCCUUUUCUCCUGUAUAUCCUGACAGAUUUAAUCCUAAUCCUGAUCAUUUCAGACCUCCUGAUUAUGACAAUAUGUUUAUGUAAUUAGACAGUUCAUUUUUUUCAACUAUAUAUUGAUGCUUUUUGUCACAUAUUAACUUUUAUAAAGCCAAUAAAUGAGUUAAAUGUU